AUGGGGAACUUCCAAAUCCUCCAAACUGUUCUCAUGAUGUUCCCUGCCAUCCUGAUCGCCUGUCACAGCUUCCUGCAGAACUUCACUGCCACGACCCCAGAGCAUCACUGCCGGCCAACCAACUGGACCAAUGGGUCUCAUGUCCCAGAUGGUGUCGGGGAUGGGGACUUGCUGCAAGUCUUCAUCCCACUGGACAAGGACCAGAAGCCUGAGCGGUGCCUGAGGUUCUCUGAGCCCCACUGGCAGAUCUUAAACCUCAAUGGCACCUCCUCUUUGAGCUUGGACACCGAGGCCUGCCUGGAUGGGUGGGUGUAUGACCGGACUGUUGGCUCCUCAAUUGUUUCUGAGUGGGACCUGGUGUGCGAGCACAAGUCACUGAAGUCCAUUGCCCAGUCCAUAUACAUGACGGGACAGCUGGUUGGAGCUACUGCUUUUGGCAUCUUCUCUGACAGGUGUGGGCGCAAGAUGGCGCUGCAGAGCGGGACCCUGCUGAUGAUCAUCAUGGGCACCAGCGCCGCUUUUGCGCCCAGCUUCCCCGCUUACUGCGUGCUCCGCUUCCUCAGUGGGGUGGCAAUGACCGGCAUCAUUAUCACCAGCCUCUGCCUCGCCAUGGAGUGGACCCCGACGCAGAAGCGGACGCUGGUCAAUAUCUACACCAUGUAUAUGAUCACGCUGGGCCAGGUGGUCCUCACGGGCCUGGCCUACCUCAUCCAGCAGUGGCGCUGGCUACAGGGCACCGUUUCUGUCGCCUACGUGAUUAUUCUUCUCUACUCUUGGGGCCUGCCAGAAUCGGCUUGCUGGCUCAUCACUCACAACAAACCUGACAAGGCUGUGAAAAAUCUGCAGAUUGUGGCAAGAUUAAAUGGCAGAAAGGAGCAGGGAAGGAAACUCACUCCAGAGGUUGUAAGGAUCCACGUGCAGGAAGACACAGCUGCUGUGAAGGAGUCCCCAUUCUUCCUAGAUCUCUUCCGCACUCCGGGACUCUGCAGGAUCACUUGCUGUAUCGCCCUGGGGUGGUUUUCCACGGGCUUUUCCUUCUAUGGGCUGGGUUUAGAUGUGCAGAGAUUUGGGUUCAACAUCUACUGGACACAAGUGCUGUUUACAGUGGUGGAUAUCCCCACGAAGCUGAUGACAGGCCUGAGUAUGGCCUACUUUGGCCGCCGAAUCACCACCGUCUCCCUGCUGCUGGUGGCCGGUUGCACAAUCCUCGUCACUGCAUUUCUUCCUCAAGACAUGAAUACCUUUCAGAUGAUCCUCUGUUUACUUGGAAAAGGGAGCCUGGCUGGCUGUUUUAGUUGUCUCUACCUAUACACCAUGGAGCUCUUCCCAACAGAAGUCAGGCAGAUAGGGAUGAGUGCCGGAAUCUUCAGCACACGCCUGGGCUCCCUCUUGUCCCCCAUGGUCUAUAUCCUAGGCAACCAUAGCCCACUGCUACAGCCUGUGAUAUUUGGCCUGGUCCCUAUCGUGGCGGCUGUAGCAGGCUCCUUCCUGAUGGAGACGAAUAACCAGCCAUUGGUGAACACCAUCCAGGAGACAGAGAAGAGAAUAAAGAUGGCUCAAGACAAGCAAAGAAACAUCAGUGAACAUAUCACCAAGAAUGGAUUGGCCGCACUUCUUCCAGAAAAGACAAAAGUAGAAUGCACAGUGUGAUUUCUUUGGACCCACACCUAUAUUCUGAAUGGCCCUGGAUCUCUUCACAACUUUCUCACAUUUUGAAAUGUGACGGAUCUUGCCAAGGAAAUGCUGUGGCACCUCACUUGACGUCUAAUGGAAAAAGCAAUGAUAGUGCUGUGAUCUGGAAAUAUUAUAAGGCAGACGAGUCAUUCGACUGAUAGGCCAACUGAGAAAAGACAUGUAUUGGACAAUCAAGGACAUUUGAAUAGGAAGAAUGGGCUUUAAACAAAUAUUAAGGGAUCUGUUGAUUUUGUGAAGUUGGCAGUGGCAUUAGGUUAUAUAAGCCAAUGUCCCUUUUUAAAAAAGAUGUUAAGCUGAAGUAUUUAGGAAUGAAAUGAAACAUUGGGACUUUGCUUUAAAAUACUAGAAAAGUGCACAGAAUGAGUGCCAGGCUUGAAGCAGGGGGUUCGUCGUACUUCCUACCUUUGGAUGUGUUUGGAAAUUUUUAUGAUAGAAGUAUUUUUCAAGUCCAGCAGCUUUUUUCUAUGGUUAAUGUAAAAUGAUGACUUGAUGGCUAAAAACAUCUCCCAGGCUGCUUCCCCAAGGGUUUUGUCUCCUCUGUGGUACUCUUGUCAGACCAUGUAGCCCUUAGUAGCCACAGGUCAAGGCCACGUCCUGCACUACCUGUGGACAACCCAACCAGCACUGACAUGCAGCCCCGGGCCAGCUGCAGCCAUCUGCCCAGAUCACAGGGUGGAUGCCUGAGACUACAAAAGGCCAAAAACCGAGCAGAGCUUCCAAUGGCAAGUGGUGGAUAGGUGUGUCCAAGAUAUCGAUCCGAGCGCAAUUGACAUAACACCCCUCGCUAGUUAUUGAUAUUGCUCCUAAGUUUGGUAAUGGCCACUUUGAUAUAUAAGGACCUAUGCUUGAGACCAUGACCAGAAAGCCCCCACAGGGCUACUGUAUGAAGAAGAGCCUCCUGAAUUUCUGAAAAGCCACAGAAUCCCUUUGUUAUCACUGAGGUUCUCUGUUCAGCGUGGACAUGUAAAUGUAUAUAUUUUUUCUACACCUAAAUUUCUCUAACAUAGAAGACAUAUCGAAUUGUUGCUGUGUUCAUGUUUUGUUACUAGCAUCCGAUCUAACAAUGUUAAAUAGAAUACAAUAAAUUUCGUUGUUUCUCAACU